AUGCGACCGUCGAAUCGCGCGCCGUCGUCCGACGCGCGCGGACGGGCGUCGUCCUCGCGCGUGAGCCCGCAGCACUCGUUACCGGCGCUGUGGAAACACGCGAUGCAAAACUACGGUCGUUACUCGGGAUACGCCUGGACCGCCUUCGCGCUGGCGGGCGGGGUGGCGUACGUGUUAUCGGAGGUGAUCGGGAAGAAGGAAACAAAGGGUGAUUCAAAAUUGAACCACCUCGCGGAGGCUAGGCGAGAAAAAGGGAAUUCGUGA